AGCAGACAUGUCCACCUCUCUCUCAAAUCCACCUAUCUCUUCGAAUCUUGAUGGGUCGUCUCUGCUCGUCGCCUGGCAGCUCAAGGGCAAGACUGUUCUCAUUGUCGGCGGAGGAGAAGUCGCGUCAGGACGUAUUGAAGCCGUUCUUUCCGCGGAUGCAAAGGUCGUCGUUCUUGCUCCCGCCAAGGGUCUUCACCCUCGAACCAAGCGAUUCAUAGAACUCUGUCUGGAUCAUAUCACAUAUUAUGAUCGUCAUUUCUCUGGGCCCGCAGAACUCCACAAGAUGGACAUGGUCCUUACUGCUCUCGAUGAUCCUAACAGCUCCCGCCAAAUCGUCGAGCUGUGCCGCGAGCAAAGAAUUCCCGUCAAUGCUGCAGACAUACCUGAUCUAUGUGACUUCUAUUUUGGUGCUCAGAUACGCGAUGGUCCCUUGCAAAUCAUGAUAUCGACCAACGGGUCUAGUCCCAGGAUAGCAGCGUUACUCAAGGCGAAACUCAGUAGCGCGUUAGGCGGGUAUGAAGGCGAGUCUAUCAGACGAGUUGGAGAGUUGAGGGAUCGCCUCAAGGACCGUGCACCUGGCAUUGGAGGAGCGGUCAGUCGACGCAGGAUGAAGUGGAUGUCUCAGCUAUGCAAUGAGUGGGACAUGGAAGAAUUGACUCAACUGGAUGACUCAAUGAUUGUAAAGCUGCUUGAUGAAGGAUGGGAGCAGAACCGUGUACCCUCUGUGCAUGACGUUGGUGGAAAGUCGAAACUCAGGCGGGGGAGAUUAUCGAAGGAUGUUUUCCAGUCGACCUUUCAGGAUUUUCAGGCAAUCCCAUACGGUGGUUCUACAGUACUGCCAGCUGCGUUGGGGUUCUUAGCGGGCGGCGUGUCCGUCGCUAUGUUAUUUAUGUAUCACCGACAAUGAGAGUUGAAAGGUGGAAAAAUAUGACAACGGGAGAUUUUCUAUAAUGUUAGAACAAUAAAUCUCGUUCCAACAAUUCGGA